UUGCGCCGGCUACCAUCACUCACGUCAUUCAUGUAUCCAUAUAGGUUAGAACCUCAAAGUGCUAAAAAUCGGGUUAUUAUUAACCCAGGAGUGUUUAAAGCCCGUUUCGUGUUUAUUAUGAAAGCAAAUAAACCCAGUUUAAAAUAAUUCGUAUCUGUGACUUUGUGUUUUAUCAUGACUACUUCGAGUGAAGACGUGCUCCUUCAAGUGCCCCAAGUUCGUUACAAAAAGGGCGAUGGGACCCUUUUUCUCAUGGACCAACGUUUAAUUUGGAUGGUUGAGAACCGCGACACAGUCGCGGUCUCGCAUCUAUACGCUGAUAUCAAAUCCCAGAAAAUAUCACCGGAAGGUAAAGUGAAGGUUCAGUUGCAAGUCGUGCUUCAUAAUGGAGUGUCCUCGACGUUUCAUUUUACGAACAGGAACGGGCUACAAGCCCAGUUGGCUGACCGUGAUAAGGUUAAGGAGAUGUUACAGACUUUACUGCCAAAAUUCAAACGAAAAGUCGAUAGGGAGUUAGAAGAGAAAAAUAAAUUGUUGUCGUCAAAUCCGGCGCUUUUGCAGCUUUACAAAGACUUGGUGAUGACUGAGGUGGUGUCGUCUGAGGAGUUUUGGGCCCAACAUGCGUCCCAAUACACGCAAAAGCAAAAGCAACAGCCGCAGGAUAUUGGUGUUUCUGGUGCCUUCUUAGCUGAUAUUAAGCCACAAACCGACGGUUGCAACGGCUUAAAAUACAACAUAACGCCCGACAUAAUCGAAUGUAUCUUUAAAACGUACCCCGCGGUUAAGAAAAAAUACGUGGAGAACGUUCCCGCCAAAUUGUCAGAAUCUCAAUUUUGGACGAAGUUUUUCCAAUCGCAUUAUUUCCACCGCGACCGGAAGUACGCCGAAAGCAAAGAUCUUUUCACCGAAUGUGGAAAAAUCGACGAUCAGGAAAUGAAAAAAGAUAUUCAAACCGGUGUUGAUGACCCUCUGGUCAACAUCACCGAAUUUGAGGAUAAGUCACUGGAUGAGGGCUAUGGUGUCGCAAGUGAAAAAACAAGCGUCACCUCCGGUACAGUUAGUCAAGCAAUGAUCAAACGCUUCAACCAGCAUUCAAUUAUGGUGUUAAAAGCCACGAAAAAAUCAAACAAAAGCGAGGAAACGCAAAACGCGCCUAAACAAAACGGAAACGUUAGCGAAGUAGAGAGACCUGACGAAGGUCACGUAGCGAAAAAACAACGAAUUCUGAGUAAAAUCACUUACGACGACUUAGAUUCAGCCAGUAGUAGCACUAACAGCGGUCCUAGUCUUAAUUUAUCGAAAGUAGAGCGAUAUUUACACGGCCCGAUGCCCGACUCUAGCAUAGAGCAGUUAAACCCUGGCGAAGCCUCCUCUGUGUUACGUGGGGUCCUGCAGGAGACGAAACAGUGGCAAAAUCGGCACCCGAGCAGCUCGCUAGUGACGCCCGCGGCGGCCGUGGGGGCCCUCGGAGAGCUGUCUCCCGGGGGGGCGCUCAUGCGUGGCUUCCAGGAGCAGUCGCUGGCACAACUGGUGCCGUCUGAUAUCGAAAAUGAAGUUAGGAAUUUGUACCUGGCCUUGUGCGAGUUGUUGAGUCAUUUCUGGAAGUGCUUUCCGCCAAGUACGCCGAAUUUGGAACAGAAAGCUGUGAAAAUGCACGAGGCGUUGCAUAGAUACCAUACUGCCAAAUUGAAACCAUUUGAGGAUAAAUUGAUCAGGGAGUUAUCACCGUUAUCACAUCAUUUGACCAAACAUCUUAAUCAGUUGCUGAAUGCCGCCUAUCAGAAAUUUAGUAAUUGGCAAAAGAUCAAGAAUCGGUAGUACAAAGUUUUUGGGACGGCUUCAGUAUUAUUUCUCGUGUCUCAUUAUUGUAAAUGGCAAUAAGUCAAAAAGACAAUUAUUUUUUAAAACCUUCUUAUUUAUAUUGUUAGAUUCUCAUUUUUAAGUCCUAUUUUCUUGUUACUGUAAUAAAUUGUACCAAAAGUCAGAA